CCUCCACCCCUUGGGAGAGCAGCGAAGCCAGAGACCAGCUUGACAAGUAAUAAGCCCAGCUACUAGAACCUGGAGAUGCCCUUCUAUAAGUAGGACCUUCUUGAGAACUUCCAAGAAGGGCUGCUUUUCAGAUGCCGACUUCUUUGCCUGGGAACAGAUCUCACUCCCUCGUUCGUCAAUGCUCCUGAGGGAUCUCCCUGCCAUCCUCAAAGCUGGGAGACCUCUCUAAAGGAGUCCUGUCCAAUCUCAAGCACUCUAGGAGUCACGAACGUCUCCUAGAAGCUUCCUCCAAAGGUCUCAGAAGGGUGAGCAGAGCAUCCAGCUGUCCUCGAAAAAGACGCAGCGUCCCGAAAUCUCGAACCAAGACUUUUCAUGGUGCAAACGUGGUUGCAGGUACCCCACAGUGGCAGGAGGGGAAACGGUCCUUCCUCUCAAUUUAUCAGAAGUCAACGAGGAGGACUGGCGAAUCUGGACAACGGGGGGAGGGAGGGAGGAAGAUCGCUUCCAAACAGGCCGUCCAGGUGGUUCAUCCUCCAGCUGUGACUAAGGACUGAGAAAUGGGUGGCACCUGAGCAUUCUUCUGGCGGAGGGCCAGUCAGAGCAACAAGAACCAUUGCACCACAGUUGCAACCCCCUGCUUCUUCCAUAAGGUGUCUCUCGGACACACCUUUCCGGAGGUAUAAAACCGUGGCAGAGAGACAGCCCACAGCAGCACAUCCAAUUCCUCGGCGCAGGACCCCACUUUUCUGAGCCUCUGAACCUGGGAGCGACUCAUCCGAGCUCGAGGAACCGACCGCCGCCAUUGCAUCUGAAGGGGGAAUUUUGCCCAGACACCAAGGAACCGAUCUGUACGAAGAAAGAUGGGUUGUCGGUGUUGCAAGAAGCGAAAGGACAGCCAAGAACUCACCGACGUCGAGCGGGCCAUUGAAAUUGUCAUCAACAACUUCCACUGUUACGCCGUCAAGGGCCGUAAAGAGUGUCUGACGCCCAACGAACUGAAAGACCUGGUCGGACAGAGGCUGCCGCAUUUAGCCAAGGGCGUUGAGCCAUUGGAAGAGAAGAUUGAAUGUCUUGGGGAUAACGAAGAGGCGAAACUCCAGUUUGGAGAGUACUGGGACAUAAUGGGAGACGCCGCGAAAGUGUGCCGCGAGCCGAAAGGAAAGAAGUAACAGGCUG